AUGUUUGAACAAAGCAGUUUCUGGCUGGACACGAAGCAGUUCUGCCGGCAACGGCUGCACAACCACAAGCCGGAACUGGCCAUUGCUCUGACGCCGUUCUUGGCACUAGUUGGCUUCCAGCCGGCCAAAAAUAUGAAGGACAACAUUGACGAGUUCCAGCCGCUUAGUCAGUUGAUUGGGCCGGAGGCAGUGGUCAACUUCACGAGGCUCCCAACGCUGACAGCGUCAAGCUGUGCUACGCGAAGGUGCAUCAAGGCCUUUCCCGGCGAUGUGGGCGUCUUGUCGCUGUUUUUCCUUAAUCUGGUCCGUCAGAAGCCCGGUUAGGCCAUCUAUCUGGGCGCCAACGAGAUACACGCCUACCUCGACGGUGACUGCGUGGAGUGCAUGGCCUGCUCGGACAAUGUCAUACGUGCCGGCCUGACGCCCAAGUACAAGGAUGUGGACGAGGUGCUUCUUCUCGUCUGA